UGCCUCUCCACUCACCCCCCCUCUCACCAUGAUGGAGUUGGGGGGCGUGUCCUAUCUGUCGGAGGAGUGUCUUCUACAGGCCGCACCCACCUGCCUGGGGUGCUUCAUCGAGACCCGGGACCCCGCUCCUAUCCAUGACCCCGCUCCUAUCCAUGACCCCAGCCCCAUGACCCCUGACCCCGAGGCGGUGCUGGUAAGCCGCCAGGACUUCGAGGCCACUUCCUGCCCCAUCUCUGACAUCAGUAUCCAGUGUCUGAGCCAGGUCCUCGGGGAACAGCUCCUGUCAGACCAGCUCCUCAGCUUCCCCAUGACCAAAACCUGCCACGCCACCGCCCUCGCUAGCGCCCUCGUUACCACUAACGACAAGACAGGAGACAACGGAGAGAAGAUGGAGGCAGAGGAUCCCACUACCAAGAACCUGUAUGAGGGCCUCCUAUUGGACAAAGUGAACGGGGAGGAAAUGCUGCUAUUGGACAAGGUCCCCAGGGAGAAAGUGUUGCUAUUAGACAAAGCAAACGAGGAGGAAAGGCUGCUAUUGGACAAGGUCCCCGGGGAGGAAGUGUUGCUAUUGGACAAGGUGAACGGAGAGGAGGUCCUCUUAUUGGACAAUGUGAACGGGGAGGAGGUGCUGCUAUUGGACAAGGUCCCCGGGGAGGAAGUGUUGCUAUUGGACAAGGUGAAUGGAGAGGAGGUCCUCUUAUUGGACAAAGUGAACGGGGAGGAGGUCCUGCUAUUGGACAAGGUCAGCGGUGAGGAGAUCCUUCUGGCCAAUGCGGGUCAGGACUGGGGUUACUUUGAGUCGUUUAUCAGUGAGUCCAAGAUGGAGCUGCUGGACCUGUGUUCUAAGACCGACCUGUCAGUCAACCUGUUUUCCGAGGACGACGUUGACAACCUGUUUGACGACGAUGACGAGGACUCGACUCUGAGCAGCGACGUGUGCUCUCUAAAGAUCCGCUACGAGUCCUUCCAGGACAACAUGAGAGAGAAGACCAACGUCCUGCAGGAGGACACACAGUUCAACUUCUUCCCCUCUGUCCUGGUCAACUGUGCCAAGAGGGAGGGCAGAGGGGGGAAGGUGGGUGAGGAGAGGGGAGGCGUUAGCCCCCUAGUGGGUUCUCAGGGGUCCCAGGGCUCGCCCCUCUCCUCCCCCUCCCUCCACCUCUCCUCCCCCUCCGCCUCCUCUGUCAACUACCUGCUGGAGUUCAGAAACUCAGCCGAGGAGGACGCGGAGUACAGCGAUGACUCCUCCUGCACCUCCUCGGACACCCUGCAGGAGGCGCGGCCAGGGCCAGGCCAGAGGAGGGCAGGAGGAGGAGGAAGUGCGCUCCUCAGCCCAUCCAGCCCGCUGAACUACGGCCUGCGCUCCAAAAGGAAGGUCAGCUACAGUGACGACUACCUAUACGAUGUUGACUCCAUCGACAGCCACGAGAAGACUGAGAGAAAUGCCACAAAGAAGAGGGAGAAGGUUCCGGUGGGACAGAGGGAGGAGGAUGUGGACUGGUGCCCCAAGAAGAGACGGAAAUCCUUCCGGAAGGAGCCGCCAGUCAUCAUCAAGUACAUCAUCAUCAACCGCUUCAAAGGACAGAGACACAUGUCUGUGAAUCUGGGCCGGCUGGACCCUGCCGGGGACGCUGCCGUGAGCCUGGACGCCGCCGCGGAGAGCCACUACUCCUCUCUGUCUCCGCUGAAGGACUUCUGGCAGGAGAGGAGGAGGGAGCGGGAGGAGCAGCUGCGACUAGCGUCCAGAGAUAAACAGCAUCACCGCCACCGCCCCAAACGGAAAUACAAGAUAGCAAACAGGCUGUGUGUCCAGAGGACAGGGGAGGGACCAGCAGCAGCACAGGACUCGGGUUCUACCCCCUCUGUCUCUGGUCAGGCUGUUACUACAGCGGAGGGGGGAGGGGGAACAGCAACAUUAGAACCACAGAACAUCACACACACCGUAACAGCCAAGAGGAGCCGCACCCAGGAGAGAGAGGAGAGGGAUGGGAGGAGGAUGGGAGGAGGGAAAACAGGGAGGAAAUUCAAGAGCCAAGCCAGGGUGAGGAGUAACAAGACAAUGGAGGAGGGAGGAGCAAGAGGAGGAGCGGAGGGGGGGAGCGUGACGAAUGGAGCGGCGGAUGGCAGUACUGCUGCUGCUGCUGGGGUGUUAACCUACCAGGAGCCUGCUGGCAGCGUGAGAGAGGCAGACAUCAGCCCCCCUGUCUCCUCCCUGGAUCCCACCGCUGACAUCAACCAGCAGACAUUCCCCUUCACCUCCUCCUCCUGCGCCUCUGUCCUCAUCUCUUCUGCCUGCGUCUCCUCCUCCUGCAUCUCCUCCUCCUGCUCCUCUGACCAAGCUGUACCUUCUGGGGAGAGGGAGGAGGGGGUGUCAGUGAUCCCAGGGGGGUACCUACAGACCCUACUAGAUGCCUCAGUCUCCUCCGGGGGGGCAGGUAUCACCUACUACCCCCAGCAGCCCCCCAGGCAGCACUAUCCCCUGGGUCUCUCUCUAGAGGAGAAACAGCCCCCCAGGCAGCACUAUCCCCUGGGUCUCUCUCUAGAGGAGAAACAGUUUGCCUCCCUGCAGCUAGCCCAGAGCUGUGUCCUCUCCCCUCCCUCCGAGUCAGAGCUCCAACAGUCCCCCCAAAACUGCCCCAGCUUUCCCCCUUUCAUGUGGCACCACCAGCCCCAUCUCUGCCCCGGCUACCCCCACAGCCAGGGGGGCUUCGGGUCUGGGUCAGGGUCUGGGUCUGGGUCGGACUACAGCCAGCAGGGAUCAGAGACUGACAGACUGCUGUACGAGAAGAGUUACCUUGUGGAGGGGGACAGGCUGGGGCUGCAGCCAGGGUCGGGGGUGGAGCUACAGGAGCUGCAGGUGUGUCAGUCAGGUGUCUGUCUGAGGCAGGUGCAGUACCAGAGAGGCUCUCUCUGCUCAGACCAUGGCUGUCUAAUCAGCUAUGACUCUGUGGGCUCCCUGUCAGCCUGCUCCUCCAACUAUAGCUCUCAGAGCCUCCAUCGUGAGGGAGGAGGGGAGACGGAGGAGAGGAGAGACAGCUACCUGCAGCACUGCAGCCCCAUGGUGUUGCUCCAACAGAGCCUGGAGGACAUGGGUCAGCCCGUCACUCCCCUCAGAGAGUCCUCAGACCUCCUCGACAUCUCCAACUUCACCCCGGACAAGUUCAGACACUCCUCCCUGUCCUCCCUGUCGCCCCCGGAGACCCCCAACCUCUCACCCCAGGUGACGAGGGGCGAGGCACCGGAGUACCAGGAUCAUGUGACAGGAUGUGACAUCAUGCAGCAGGCGGCGCAGCACGGGGUGGAGGGGCGGCAGUUCUCAUUCAACGGAGAGGAGCAGGGGGGGAAGAACACCCGCUCUAAGAGGAAAGCAGAUUAUAAACAGGCUGCAGCGGCGGCAGGAGGACAGCAGGGGCCUAAGAAAGGCCGGGCCUCCAGAGCAGCCAAGACAGAGAAGGUGAAGACGCCUAGACAGAGCCGCUCCUCUAAGAAGAUCAAAGCCAUGCUGGAGGGGAAGGCUGCCAAGGGCCAGGCGCAGGCGGGGGGGAACCUUCAACCCCACAGCCACGGUAGCACUGGGGACUGGUCUGGCAGUGGCACCGGGCCUAGUGGCUGGUCGGAGGGGAACACCAGCCUGGGGGGAGGGGAGGAGCAGCGGGAGUUUGAGGAGCCAUCCAACAUCCUGUCCAACAUCGUGUCCGGCAUGGCGGAGGUCCAGAGGUUCAUGAUGGCGUCCGUGGAGCCUCUGUGGGACCCGCUGGAGGCCGGCCUGCCGCCCGACGCCAACAGCCUCAACAUGAAGACCCUCCAGAUCCUCCAGGGGAGGGGGGGCAAGAAGGGGUCUGGCGCCGCGGGGGUCGGACGGGGCAGGAAGGGGGCUGGCGCCGCGGGGGUCGGACAGGGCAGGAAGGGGGCUGGCGCCACGGGGGUCGGACAGGGCAGGAAGGGGGCUGGCGCCGCGGGGGUCGGACAGGGCAGGAAGGCCAGGGGCAAGGCGGGAAAGAACCAGGCCAAGUUUAACCCCUCCCACCCCAUCUUCCCCCAGCUCGCUCUGGGCUGCAACAUGUUCGACAAACCCAACUUUAUAAACCCAGGCCCCGCGCACAAAAAGCUGUACCGUCACAAAACCAGUGCCAAGUUCCCAAAAAUGGAGACUGUGAAGGGCAAGCGAGGGGGAGUGGAGAGGGACCCAAACAAGGACUUGGCUCUCAUGGCCUCUUUUGAGAAACUGAGGUAA